UGGGCGAGCGGACACACGAAACAACAGCCAGCGGUCUGAGACGCGUCUCUCUCCUCCUCCUCCUCCAGCUUCUUUUCGUCGCUUUUCUCCUCGCCGUGGAUUGUAAAUUCGCGCUGCCUGGCUGCUUGAGUGAUUCAGCCGAUGCCGGAUAUUAUUUUUGUGUGUUUUUACGUGUUAUUUUCCUCCCAUAUUCUCCAUCGAGAGGCCCCGCGGAUUAAAGCGACGCGUAGCCGCCUCGGGGCGACCGUAUCGGGGAUGAAGUCUCGUUGGGGAUCGCUGUGCUCGCUGUGGGCGGUUUGAGCCGGGAACCCCCCCCAGAAUUUGUAUUUAUUGAUUUUUUUCGCCUCGGAAAGAAAUAAAACACCAGUUUCCCCAACCCUGGACACCUCCGGAGCAGUUUAUGACGACUCUGGCUGGACCGUAAUGACCGCACGCUUCCGGUUGCCUGCUGGCAGAUCCUACAAUGUCCGGGCGUCGGAGCUGGCACGCGAUAGGCAGCACACCGAAGUGGUCUGCAACAUUGUUCUCCUGGACAACACCGUCCAGCCUUUUAAGGUUAACAAGCACGAUCAAGGACAGGUCCUGCUGGACGCAGUCUUUAAGCACCUGGAGCUGACCGAGAGAGAUUAUUUUGGGCUGCACCUGGCCAACGAUUCCUCCGACUGUCCGAGGUGGCUGGAUCCAAACAAACCCAUCAGGAAGCAAUUAAAAAGGGGCUCUCCUCAUCAUUUGAACUUCCGGGUGAAGUUUUUUGUCAGUGACCCCAACAAGCUUCAGGAAGAGUAUACGCGGUACCUGUAUUUUUUGCAGAUCAAGCAGGACAUACAUAGUGGGAGACUGCCCUGUCCGCACAAUACUGCAGCGCUGCUGGCUUCCUAUGCUGUUCAAUCCGAGCUAGGGGACUACAGUGAGGCAGAAAAUCCUUCCGGCUACCUUUCAGAGUGCUCCUUUAUCCCCAGCCAGCCACAGGGCUUUGAGAAAGAAGUGGCCAAACAUCACCAGCAACACAGUGGACUGAGUCCGGCCGAGUCCGAGUUUAAUUACCUGAACACAGCGCGCUCGCUGGAGCUCUACGGGGUUGAGCUGCACUAUGCAAGGGAUCAAAGCAACACUGAGAUUUUAAUUGGGGUGAUGUCCGCCGGAGUCGUUAUUUACAAGAACAGGGUACGAAUCAACUACUUUCCGUGGCUGAAGAUUGUAAAAAUCUCAUUCAAGUGCAAACAGUUUUUCGUCCAGCUGAGAAGAGAUGUGAACGAGACACGAGAGACGUUACUGGGCUUCAACAUGGUGAACUACAGAGCCUGCAAGAACCUCUGGAAGACGUGCGUGGAGCACCACACCUUCUUCCGGUUGGACCAGCCCGUUCCUCCUCAGAAGAACUUCUUUGCACACUACUUCAGCUUAGGGUCCAAGUUCCGCUACUGUGGAAGGACAGAAGCGCAGUCUGUGCAGUAUGGCAAGGAGAAAGGAAUCAAGGACCGGGUGUUUGCAAGAUCUCCCAGCAAACCCCUGGCCAGGAAGCUGAUGGGAGUGACGGACUGGGAGGCAGUGAGCAGGAACUCGCUGUCUGAAGAGAGACUGGAGACCCAGAGCCUGCCUACCCGUUCCCCUCCUGGAACACCUAACCAUAGGAAUUCGUUGUUUGUGCAAGAGGGGCCCCGGCCGCGGCCGUCUUCCAUGGGUCAUUUGGUGGAGCACGUUAUUCACGCCUCGCCCAGCCUGCCCGCCUUCACCAACCACAAAUCAGCCUCAUCCACGCAGGCCAACAGCAUCAGCCUGGACACUACACCGUCCCCAGAGGGUGUGGAUGUGCCGCCCCCAGCUCUGCCGCCCAAGCAGUCCAGGAAGAACUUGAGUCAGCUCAUUCUUUCCCACUCCCAACAGGAUCUGGACAACCACAUCAACGAGAUGUACGACGUCCCCGUGGCGACGGACAAGGCCACGCUCAAUGGGGUCGUUCCUCAUGAUAAUCUUGUCCUGAUCAAGAUGAGGCCGGAUGAAAACGGAAGAUUUGGAUUCAACGUUACGGGCGGUUCUGAUCAGAAGAUGCCGGUGAUUGUGUCUCGCGUGGCCCCAGGAACGUCUGCUGAUAUGUGUGUGCCGCGCCUGAACGAGGGCGACCAGGUCGUGCUUAUAAACGGACGUGAUAUUUCCGAGCACACUCACGACCAGGUGGUCAUGUUCAUCAAGGCCAGCUGUGAAAGCCACUCAGGGGAGCUCAUCCUGCUGGUCAGGCCCAACGCUAUCUAUGACGUGGUGGAGGAUAAACUGGAGAUGGAGCCAGACUUCCAGUACAUCCCGGAGAAAUCCCCCUCAGACCCCUCCCAGCUGGACCAGGACGCCUGGAGGGACUCCAUGCAGCAGCUGAAAGACGGCCUCAGCGGUGGCGCUGUACUUGCUCAGUUUGAUCAACUCUACCGAAAAAGGCCUGGAAUGACAAUGUCAUGUGCCAAAUUACCUCAGAACAUUUCCAAAAAUCGCUACAGAGACAUCUCACCUUACGAUGCCACACGGGUCAUCUUGAAAGGCACAGAUGACUACAUCAAUGCUAAUUACAUAAAUAUGGAAAUUCCUGCUUCCAGCAUCAUCAAUCGUUAUAUCGCCUGCCAAGGGCCCCUGCCAAACACGUGCACUGACUUCUGGCAGAUGAUCUGGGAGCAGGGCUCCUCCAUGGUGGUCAUGCUCACCACUCAGGUGGAGAGAGGCCGGGUGAAAUGUCAUCAGUACUGGCCCAAUCCCUCAGGUAGUGCCACCUAUGGUGGCUUCCAGGUUUCCUGCCAGACUGAGGAAGGAAACUCUGCAUUCUUGGUUCGAGACAUGACCCUCACUCACACAGAGACCGAGGAGAGCAGGGAGCUGACCCAGAUCCAGUACCUGGCUUGGCCUGACCAUGGGGUGCCCGACGACUCCACAGACUUCCUGGACUUUGUAGCUUUGGUUCGGAGUAAAAGAGCAGGAAAAGACGAGCCGGUAGUCGUCCACUGCAGCGCUGGGAUUGGCCGGACUGGAGUGCUCAUCACCAUGGAGACGGCAAUGUGUCUAAUGGAGUGCAGUCAGCCUGUGUACCCGUUGGACAUUGUGCGGACCAUGAGGGAUCAGCGGGCCAUGAUGAUCCAGACCCCUAGCCAGUUCAAGUUUGUGUGCGAGGCCAUUCUGAAGGUGUACGAGGAGGGCCUGGUGAAACCGCUCAAGUCCACACCGCUCAAGUCCGACUAACGGCCGCCAGCUUUCACCAUCACGGAAACCCACCAACCUUCACUGAAGCAUCAGAGAACCUGCUCGACAUGCGGAGGUUCAACGCCUUGAAAAAGUGUUCGGCCCCCAGCACAAUAGUUCACGCUUUUUUGUGAAUUUGAAAUAUUAUAUUUAUGACCAAGUUUUGAGCACCAUGCAAUAGCAAAAGAAUUUUUUGUUUGUUUGUUUGUUUGUUUGUUUUUAAUAAUUCAUUCAGAUUACCUCAAGUCACAAUUUAUAGGUUCUUUUUUUUUCUUUUUUUUUUUUAAGAAAUUUCUAAAAUAAUUCUUCUGCUGUCACAUGGUACUUUAGUUUUAAGUCAAUUCCAGGAAACACUGUUUGGUACUGCACACUUUUUCAAGGCUUCCCAAGGGACAAACACCAAAAGCAAUGGAAAAAAAAAAACAGCUCUUGAGCCAGGAAUAUACAUUGGACAUAAAAAUAAGCACUAUU